UACUCCCAAUCUAUCUUCUCUCCUCCACUCCCAAACUGGGUACCCGACUGGGUAGAGCUUCUUUUCCUUCUCCCCCUCUCUUUGUCUCGGUAUGUUGGGUGUCUUCAGCGGAGACGUGGUGGAGGUGCCGGCGGAGCUGGUGGUCGCCGGCAACCGGACGCCGUCGCCAAAGACCCGCGCCACGGAGCUGGUGAACCGCUUCCUGAAGUCCGCUUCACCGGCGGUGUCCAUCCAACUGGCCGGCCUGGGCCACCUCGCCUACUCCCACGCCAACCAAUCUCCCUUCUCCCCCAGGUUGUUCGCGGCGAAGGACGAGAUCUACUGCCUGUUCCAGGGGUUGCUGACCAACCUGGGGAGCCUCCGGCAGCAGUACGGGCUGUCGAAGAGCGCCGACGAGUCCGUGCUGGUGAUCGAGGCCUACAGGGCUCUGCGCGACCGGGCGCCGUACCCCCCAAGCUUCAUGCUCGGCCACCUCGCCGGCAGCUUCGCCUUCGUCCUCUUCGACAAGUCCACCUCCUCCGUCCUCGUCGCCUCUGAUCCUGAUGGAAGGGUGCCCUUCUUCUGGGGGAUCACCGCCGAUGGUUGCAUUGCCUUCUCUCAAGAUCUGGAUCUGCUCAAGGGAUCAUGCGGCAAGUCUCUAGCUCCCUUCCCCAAAGGGUGUUAUUACUCAAACGCCUUCGGAGGCCUCAAGAGCUACGAGAACCCAAAGCACAAGGUGACUGCUGUGCUAGAGGAAGAUGAGGAAGAAGUUUGUGGUGCCACCUUCAAGGUGGAAGGAUCUGCGGCCAUUGCAGCAACACACUAGAUCGAUCAGGGAUUUGGAAGUGGCAAAUUUCCUUUGUAAAUCAAUCGCAUGCAUGGUGGUGUAAUCUGCUUGCUCUGUUUCAGUACUAGUGUUGUUUUCUUUGUUAUCUUGGUUUGAACUUGUGGUGCAAUCUUCAUCUUAUCUUCCAUCA